AUAUAUAUAUCAGAGAAGAAAAGUAGAUUAACAAUGCUCUUGGCCUCUAAAUAUUAAACAGCCACCACCAUCAACCAUAAUAUACCAUUUCUGGCCCAAUCCCAUUCUAAUCAACUCAAUUUGAAGAAAACUGAAAUAGCUGGAUGGGGUCGUUAGAUACAAUGAAUGAGAACAGCCGAGGAAGAGCUGCGGUUCUAGCGAUUGGCACUGCAAAUCCGCCCCAUUGUUUCAACCAAGUUGAUUACCCUGAUUUUUACUUUCGAGUUACUAAAAGCCACCAUCUUACAUCUUUGAAGGAUAAGUUUCGACGUAUCUGUGAGAAAUCUGCAAUUAGGAAACGUUACAUGCACCUGACGGAAGAUAUUAUCAACAAGAAUCCAAACUUAAUUAUCUACAAGGCUCCAUCUUUUGAUGCUCGUCAAGAAAUCCUUGUAACUGAAGUGCCCAAGCUUGGCAAGGACGCGGCAUUGAAGGCCAUCAAAGAAUGGGGACAACCCAUUUCAAACAUCACUCACCUUAUAGUUUGUACAUCAUCAGGGAUCGACAUGCCAGCUGCUGACCAUCAGCUUGCAAAGCUCAUCGGCCUAAAAUCUUCAGUUCAGAGAUUCAUGCUUUAUCAACAAGGUUGCUUUGCUGCUGGGACUGCCCUGCGCCUCGCCAAGGAUUUGGCAGAGAACAAUCCCGGAGCUCGAGUACUUGCUGUGUGCUCUGAGAUCAUGGUAGGGUCUUUCCAGCCACCCUCGGAGACCCAUUUAGACGUACUCGUGGGAUCUGCACUUUUUUCUGACGGAGCUGCAGCUGUCAUUGUUGGUGCCAACCCUAACGCCACCAUCAACGAGCGCCCUUUGUUUCAAAUUGUAUCAGCUAAACAGGCUGUUAUCCCCGACUCUGAUGACGUGAUAAUAGCAAAAAUACGUGAAAUGGGUAUGGCGUAUUAUUUGUCUAAAAAGUUGCCCAAUGUGAUUGCCAACAACAUUGAGCAAUGCUUAUUCGAAACAUUAGGUCCAUGUGGUGUUGAUGAUUGGAACAAAUUGUUUUACGUAGUUCAUCCCGGUGGCCCAGCUGUUCUUAAACGUAUUGAAGAGAAACUUGGAUUGGGAAGCGACAAGCUUAAAGCAAGCUGGCAUGUGUUAAGUGAGUAUGGAAACAUGUGGAGUCCAAGCGUCCUAUUCGUUCUUGAUGAGAUGAGAAAAAGGUCAACAGAAGAAGGCAAAACCGCCGCCGCCACUGAAGGGCUAGAGUGGGGCGUCUUACUGGCCUUUGGGCCGGGUCUCACGGUGGAGACCGUGGUGCUUCGUAGCAUUGCUGCGGAUUCAGCUUAAUUAUUAACUAGCCUUUUGAAAAUGGAAACAAGGCGGAAAAGGCCGCAAGCCGAAGAAAAUCUUGCGACAUGAUCUCCAAAAUAAAAUCCCAUUACAAUUAGGUGUAGUGUCCAUAAUAUCCACUUGUUAAAUAAGACAACUAAAUUAAAGUUAUCGUCCCAUCUUUAAUGCUUUAUUGUGGUUGAGUGGGUGAACAAUAUUUAUUUACUAUUUUAUUGUUGAUACAAUAAAAAAUUGUUAUGUUUUAUCAUGUAAUUUACAAAUUUCUAUGGAA